AUGUGUAUUGAAUUUGAAUUCAAUUUAGACCUGUAAUAAAAAGAUCUUUAAAAUAUAGAUCUGAUUUUUCUAUCCCACAAUGUGAAGACAAUAGUGAUGAGGCUUCAUUUGAACCUAAUAUUAGUUCUGAUUAAAAAUUAGAUUAAAGUAUAGUUGAGAUAACUAAGUAAAAAAGGGAAAUUAAAAUUCCAUAUGAUAGAGAUUUAGAGAGUAGUAAAGAGCAACUUAUGAAUGUAAAGAAUAAGAAAUGGGGUAAAAAAGGACUGAGAAUAAUGUUCUACAUGACUAAGUUCGUAAAAUAAAUGAAAAAUCAUUCAACAUAAGUAAAAUUUAAAUCUUUAAAUGCGAACAUUCUAAAAUUGAUUUAAGAUGCUGCAAGUGAUUCAGAUGUUUUAUUGUAAAAACUGAAUAAAAUAUAAAUUCUCAGUUAAAAUUUAAAAUAGGCAUUGAGCCACAUUCCAAUUAUAGAUCCAGAUUCAAAUUUUAAGGUGGUGUGGGAUAUAUUUCUAUUGGUAUAAAUAAUUUUGAAUAUUUUUUAUAUCCCAAUGAAGUUGGGAUUUGGUUUUGAAAAUGAAGGAAUAGUAUACUAAUUUUUUUUUGAAUCGCUACCUUCUUGGACAUUCAUCAUAGACAUAAUAAUAAAUUUUUUCACAGCUUAUUACAGUAAAGGAUAGAUCCAUAAAAACCAUGAGGAUAUUUUUAGAAAUUAUGCUAGUUAUGAAUUGUGGUGGGAUUUAUUAAUAGCAAUUCCAUUCAUCUUAUCAUCAUUUAAAAUUCGAUAUACAGAGUAUAUUUUAAUGUUGAGAGUGGCAAAAGUAAAGACUUUGAUAGAUUAAGUAGAAGAAGCAAUAAAUCCUUCAAUAACUAUGUAAACAGUUUUGGAAUUGUUUAAAUCAGUAUUUUUAUUAUUAUUUGUAUCACAUUGUUGUGCUUGCCUAUGGAAUUUGAUAGGAUAAAUGUAAUAUGAUGAAGGGAAAUAUUCUUGGUUGGAUUCAAAAAAUAUAAUUGAUGCAGAUUGGGUGUCUAGAUAUAUCCAUUCACUUUAUUUUAGUACCAUAACAACAUUGACUGUUGGAUAUGGAGAUAUAGUACCAUAGAGUGAUUUAGAGAGGAUAUUUGUAAUAUUGAUGGCAAUGGUGAUUUGUGGUUUGUUCGGAUAUACAAUAUCUAGCAUUGGUAAUAUAUUGAGAUAGUUGACAGAAAAGGAAUAAAUUUACAAAUAGAAAAUGAUGUAGUUAAAUAAUUAUGUAAAAAAGAGGUAAUUAAGUAAGUAAUUGAUACUUUCUGUAAGAAAAUACUUUGAAUAUUAUUUAAAAAUGUAAGAUGAGAAUACUGAGUUUGGAGAGAAUAUGAUGAAUGCAUUAAAUAAGAGGUUAAAAGAAUAGGUAGCAAUUGAUCUAUAUCUUAAUAUCUUAAUGAAUUCCAGGCUUAUUAAAAAAACAUUAUCUGAGAAGAGUGUAAAAAAAUUAUGUUGUUAUGUAAGAGAGAAAAGAUUGGCUCCUGAAGAGAUUGUGGAGGGUCAAAAUGAUUUGGCUAAUAAACUUUUGUUCUUAUAGAAAGGACAAAUUAAUUUAAUUUGUGAUUAAGCUAAUAGAGAAACUCAAUUAGCGAUUAUAAAUGCUGGCAAAUUUAUAGGUGAAAAAGAAUUCAUCAUGUAGUCUAGAUAUGAUUAUUCUAUUAGAACAACCAAGUUUUGUUAAAUUGCUUACAUUGAAUAUGAUGACUUUUUUAAGAUAAUUAAGGAAGAUCCAAUAGAAGAAGAGAACUAUCAAAUGUUAAAAGAUGAAAUGCAAUUCAAUGACGCAAAAUAAAACUAUGGAGAAGUUUGUUAUAUAUGUAGAUGGACACACUAGUUCAUGAAAUGCCCAUUCGUUUUUUAUCAUGUGAACCUUGACAGAAUAAGAAUGAAGUUUAUGAGAAAUGAAGAUAAUUAAAGAUUUAAAUAUAAAAGAAUUAUUAACUAAAAAAUUAGAUUUGACAAACAAAUUCUACAAGAAGCAGCUCUUCAAUAAAUAGUAGAUAAUAAUAUCAUACCUUUAGAAGAUUUAACUGAUGAAUAUCUCGAUACUCUAGGUUAUAUAAAUAAUAAUCAAAAUAGUAAUAUGAUAAAAACCUUAUUAAGUAUGAAAACAGGAAAUACACCUAGUAGUAAUAACGAUUCAGAUGAAGAGGAAUAUUAAGUUCCAAUCAAAAAUUCGAGAAAGAAUGCUAAUCUUGAUAAAAAAGUCCAAUUUCUUUAAAUCUCACCUGAUUCUGAUCAAAAAGACUCCAACAAACAAAAUCCAAAAAUAAAACAUAUUAGAGCUAGUAGAAAAACUUUUGUUAAAUUAUCAUAAAUCCAAACUCGUCGGGGAAGCACAAUAUCAGCUCUAUCUCAAGAUUUAUCUAAUUUAAAUUAAACCUUUGCUGCUACUUAAUUAUAACCUUCCUAAAUAUCUUAACCUACUACUUAACUUUAAAUGCAUCGUGCCAGUGUUUCAUCUAAGUCUAGGUAAUUGAGAAAAGGAAAUUCUUCAUCUUACUAAAAUAUUGACCAAUAAAUGGCAUAAAUGAUUAUGUAAUAAUCUAGGACAGAAUAAAGAACAUAUUCAUUAUCCAAAAUUUAGGAAGAAAGCUUAAGCAAAAUCGAAGAGAUAGCUUAUCAAUCUAGAUAAAGAAUAGAUUUUGAUAUAGAUUAAUGCUUCAAUACUUAACAUUAUUUUACCUAAUUCAAUUUGGAUGUUGUUUUGAUGAAAGUUAAGAAACCCAAAAAGUCCUAAAGACAUGCUGCCUAGCUUUUUAGUGUCAUUGAAAAAUCAAAAAUUAGACAAUAAUAACGCUUAUGA